GGGGGGAAUCAGGCCUCAAAAACCACAAUUGAUCCCUCACUUAAUUUUUUUUUUAUAGUUGCCUAUAUUAAUAGCUUUUGCUGUAAAUAUACCACAGACUAUAAUUAACCUUAAAAAUACAUGACUUACAUAUGCUUGGCCAUUGUAAUAGCUACUCAACAGAGCAGAAACACACGUGGCAAAGACUCUCCGUAACUUCCGCUAACAACCCCGGCUAAACUAUGCUCUUCCUCGACAUACAAAGAUGUUAGUCCCUCAAUCGAGAGGAAUCAAUUCAUCAUACUUCAUUGACACCAAUUAAAACUUUACUACUCGCCAGGGCUUUGACUCCAUCAUCUGGCAUCUUAAGGCAUUAGAGAAAACACAGAAAACCCAAAUAUUUUUUUAAACGAAUAACUAAGGAUGGGUUCCAAAGAAAUAAAAAUGUGAGUAGGUUCAUUUGUGUAUAGUUUAAAAAAAAAUUGUUAAAAAUCCACAAAUAAUGAUACUGUGGUAAAUGGUACCCACUUUACUGUGGGUAAAAGCUUAAUUUGACACUGUGACUUCUGAAGUUCCAUCUCAAUGGUGUUAGACGAUUGACUCCAUGUAAUUAAAAAAUGUUUGGGGGGGGGAAGUAGGAUUUGAACAACCAUUUAGAUGGAAGUUCAGAAGUCAUUUAGUGGGUCAAACUAAGCUUUUACCGUUUAGCUCUUAUAUUGUAGAUCAGAGAACUGUUCUCACUGUAAAAUAAUGUUAUUGAAUCUCUUAAGACUUAACCAAGGAAAGUAAAUACACUUACUUUUCUGCAUUUAGGCUCCUAUAAUGCAUGUUUUUUGUUUGUUUUUUUCCCCUAUCCAAAAUCUUUUCAGGUCCUCCGCAAACCGUUUAGCUGCUUUUUCACCAGGAUUUCUCGCACACACACAUGAACACUUUCUCUUUAAACUCCAUUGCAAAUGUCAGCUUUACAGAUGCCACAUCUGCAGGCGGUGUAUUGUGGUAACAGAUGCAAAUUACCCGUAUGGUGGUAUCAAUCACAGUAAAGGUAAUUACAGCCACCUAUUGGCACCACCUAUUAUUUUAAGUGCGGUGCUUAUUCAUUCAACACACCAGAAUCCAUUAGCCCGAAAGCCACUAUUUGAAGAAAUACCGUAUUUUAUUGAAAAACUGCCGCUGAGCUAGCUUUUAUUGGCCGAAAGGGGGGAAUUUCAGUCUAGUGUUCCUUAAUCCACAAUACACCUUGAACAUGGCUACAGUUCAAAAUUGGUUGCCCCAAAAGACCAUUUCGUAGCUACAUCCCAUUUUUUCUUGCAGAGAUGAAUCCUCUUUUUUUUCCUCUCUCCCUCCUAAUCGUGAGGAUUUAGGGCCUUUGCAUGUUUUAUAUCAUUGUAAAUGGUGGUUCUUUGACUUUUAUCUCUUUGGGGAUGGAGGCGGGCAUCUAAAUCCGACGAUUACACCGCAAAGAUUACAAUGUAACUUGUGCAGUUGGCGCACCGUAAGCCUCAUCUGACUGGCGCAGGGUUGGAUGCCGAUUUGAGCGGCAUGCAAUGUAAGGGAUGAAAGAGAGCAGCACAAAAAGGCGGACGUCCUGUCAAGUUGAGUCUCAGCUCGUGAGUCUGAGUUGAUUAAAAAUGUAAAAACUCACAUGCACUGAAGUAAAAAGAAGACAAAAAAAUGAGUGCAACUGUGGCCUGUAAUAACCCCUCAGGACACAAUCUGCUGUUUAAUCUUGACUUGCACGAACCGCUCAACAUCUGUAACCAUUUCCCAGAUUCCCCGCGCUGAGAUGGCCAACCACAUUUUUCAUGAUAAAUCACUUUGUAUUGAAUGUACAUCCGAUGCCAUAUUCCUAGCUGUACACACAUUUGCGCAACAUCGGAGCUUUACCAAAAAUUCGAAUGAACAUUAUCACUUAUUAUUAUUACUCAUUAUCACGAGCCCUAGCGCGGCCGGUUGCCAUGGUGAUGAAAGCUCAUUCAUUAUAGUAAUUUACUUUCAGCAGUCUCUUAUCCUCAUUUCAUAGCCAUUCUCUUGGUUGUCCAUCUUCCAGUGUCAUCUGCCCAGGGCCUUCAGCAUCAGGCGUGCUGGCCCAUGACAUGUUCCCACUAUUACAAAUGGGUGUUGUUGUUUUUUGUAACCAAUCAGAUUUCAGAUUGACCACGCUUAGCUUUCGCCAUGGCUUAUAAGAGUGAUGUCGGCAUAUUUCUGUCCUUUGAUUGGUUGAACUAAAUAAUCUUUUGCGUUUGCAAAUAUCGGACAUUAUUACAAAUUCCUUUUCAAGGAAAAAACUGUUCUUGUUUCAAGCCAGAAAGGUGAAACUUUAAUGGAACAUCCAUCCAUCAUUAUGGGGGGAAAAAAAUAACUUUUGACUAUGCAUUUCAACCACUUUAAAGGCACCACGUCAGUCCGCAAGAAUGGGGCGAACAAGCAAAUGCCACGAGAUUCGAACCCCGACUCUCAGGACUGUGAGGCACACACGUUGAACCACUGCUGAUGGAUUUAUGAACUCAUUCGUAUGAAUGCAGUUUAGAGCAGUAAUCCCAGUGUUCGGAAUACAAACCCUCUGCUUGUGCUGACUCAGCCGUACAGGAACUCCCCUUUUUUUGCAUGGCUGAGCGUUCCCAAUCCCACGCCCACCGCGGAGGAGCAGCCGUGGGGUGCUGCCACCGAGCGGCCGGCCACAUCCUCCGCAAGCGACCGCCUUACGACUUCAUAUUCCACGGCUCCAAACGCCUCACGAGCGUGUUCGUUGUGUAAGCAGCCGCACGAGUGGGAGGGCGCAUCUCUCCAUUCUUUUCCCUUUUUAGCCGUGGCGGUGGUUUUUAUUUUUAUUUUUUUUUUAUCUUUUUGUGUGUGGUUUGUUUCCCCGCCGCGUGAUGAAGUUGAGCCGGUGCGAGUGACGACGAGCUCGUCGCACACAAGCACCGCGAGGGAACGCCACCCUGGGAGCCUUUGAGGAACACAACACCCUUCGCCCGUCGAGCUUCGCCCGUUUUUUUGUGUGUUUUAUGUCGCCCGCCGCCUUUAAGUGAAGGCGGACCAGUUUUUCUUAGCGAGUCGCCGUCGUCGGCUUCCCCCCCCGCCCCCGGCUGAGGAGCCUCCUCCCCGGGCAGGCUUCCCAAGUGGACCUCGCCCGCCCACCGCGGUGCUCCGUCGCGGUCAUGUUAUAGUUGUUGUCUCCCCAAAAGUGUUGUGUUCUUUAUAUUUUUUUUUGGGGGGGGGGGGGGGGGGCGGGAGGUGAAGUUCGGGCGAUGCAGUUAUGGCCGCCUCCGGAGCUCCAAAGUGUCCGAGGAGUGAGAAGUUGGACGAGGCGCAGGCUUUGGCCAAAAGCUGCGCGGGGAGACCCGACUUCUUGCCGUGUGACGGACUCUCCAUCUGCGCCACGCACAGCCACGGAAAGUGCUUCAAGCUGCACUGGUGCUGCCACCUGGGAUGGUGCCACUGCAAGUACGUGUACCAACCCAUGACCAACGUGUGCCAGCUGCCCAGCACAGCGGUGCCCCCCGCAGCCAGCGAGUACAGCAGCACCAUGGACCUGUCGGUCUCCCUGGCCGAGCGCUUCCUCAAGUUGGCGCCCUGCUUCCGCUCGCCCCCUCACCUGGAGUCCCCCAAGUACUGCGUGAUCGCCGACCUCUUCGUGGACGACUACGUGGUGAAGCGCAUCAACGGGAAGAUGUGCUACGUCCAGCGCCCUCUGCCCCCCGCGCUGCCCGAACCGCCCCGACCCCCCGCUCCCCCCGCACCUCAGAGGCCUCGCGACCCCCCUCAGCCGCGACCCGCCGUCAAGGCCGCGCCGCCGCCCGCCCGGGGCGUGCGCAGUGAACACAAACACGCCUGCCCCCUGGACAGAGUCAAGGGUCCCAAGAUGGACCACUGCUCGUCCCCGUCCAGCUCCGAGGACUCCGGCAUCAACGCGCUGGGCCUGCACUGUAUGGAAUCCUGCGAGGACGAGAGCGAGCAGGAGGACGACGAGCUGAGCACGGACGAAAACUCCAGUCCCGGAAGCCUGUGGGAUCAGGACGACAGCUCCCUGCUCUCUCCCUCCAAGUCUACGAUCGAGAUCAUCGAAAAGAUCGAAACGACUGUCUAAACCGAGCGACGACUAAGUACCGACAGAAGCGCCUGAGGAUUUACCCGAGAUGAGCCCGGAGGAUCAAACCUCCUUAUGGCGAACAUGGGCGGGGGCUUUGUCUCGUUUGUUUUCCUCUUCACGCGUUUCCCUGCAUGGAGUGAAUUUCUACUACUUUCGACCAAACAGGACACAAAGAUGAAGCACAAGCGAGUCAAGCGCACGCACAGUGGACCAAAUAGCACACGACGGAAAAUGCGAAGGACAAAAGCAAGGUGAAAGUACAAAAGGAUUGUGAGGGGCCACGCUGAAAACAAAAAACUACGAGAACGUAAUAGUUGAAAAAUAGGCAUAUUUUUAAGGUCCGCAAUUCAACACAAACCUAAACAUUGUAACAUCAUUCAAUAUUAUUAUUAUUAUUCUUUUUUUUUUUUUUUGUGGUUGAUGUUGGACUGUAACAAAACAAGAAAAGAGAUUUUUGUGUGUGUUGUUCUUUCUCAGGGACACACACGUUAACGUUUACGCGAUCACAAUUGAGUGUCACUUCCUCAACAGUCUUAAUGCAGGUGUACUUUUCUACUCCUAAUAAUCGGACUUAAUUCCUCUUUUGACCCUUCACGGUAACAGAACUUUAGUUUUGCAGAAAAUAAAGAACAAAAUAAUUAUAGUCUCAAUUCCAAUUUUUUGUGCGACUGUUUACUCCGACGUACAACUAAGACUUUCUUGAAACAUUUACUUUUUUUGCCUCACAAAAUUUUAACUUUUCUCAUAAUAUUACAUUUCUUGGAAAACAGCGAUAUUUUCUCAUACAAGUAUGACAGCUUUUAGAGAUUCAGAUUUGGCUCUCAUAAUGUUAGGACUUUUUUGUUCAACAAAGACUUUUGGAUUUGUGACAUUAACUUUUUCGUAGUUACUUUUCUUGUAAAACUGACUUUUAUUUUUUUUGUUGCAAAAUGUGACUUUUUCCUUGCAUGCAGUAUUACAACAUAAAAUUCAGAUUUUUUUGUUUUUGCCCAUAAAGUUUAGACAUUUUACCUUUAAUUUUCUUGUAAAAGCAUAACUCUAUUUUCAUAAACGAGCAACUUUUUCAUAGUUACUUUUCUAACAUUUGGGAUUUUUCCCUUUUUUUUUUUUUUUUCUCUCAAUAUUACAACAUGAAUCUCUGAAAAUGAGAUUCAUGUUUUUUUUCACCCAUCAAGUUAACAACAUUUUACCUAUUAUUUUCUUGUUUUCAAAAACAACUUUUUCAUGAAGUUACUUUUGUAACAUUUAGGGCCUUUUUUUCUCUUAAUAUUACAACAUUUAUCUCAAAUUCAGCCUCUCUGUAUAUUUAUUUUAUAUUCAAAGUAUGACUUGAAACUUGUAACAGUAUGCCGUUUCUCUGUGAAAACAAAUUGACUUAAUUAUCGUAAUAUUUUAGCCCCAAAAAUCGGACAUAUUCUCGCAUUAUGAAUGUCUUUUCUUUUCAGUGUGGUCCUAAUACUCGUUGAGAUUUCAAGCGUUUCCUUGAUGAAAAUGAGCGUUUGUGCAACCCGUCAAGCGCUCAGUCAGGCGUCCUUCCUUGUUCCCUGACCAAAGCUUUGGCUCCAUGCCACCCACACACAGGUGGAAAAAUCUUUAUAUGGUAAGGACAAGGCCGGCUACCACUCACGCCGAGCCUUUCAAGCUGCGUUUGUGUGCACUUUACCGACGCCCACGCGCGCACUAUUACAACCAUUUAGGCAGGGAGGUCCGUGUUUGACAAUCAAGGAUUUUACACACAAGCACAUUCCUACGCGGUGCCUGCCAGUGAGGACCAAGAAUUCGCUUCUAAAAUACAAGCACCCACCGUCGCCGCCAGCUUCGGUCCAGUCGAAUCCGCCCGCUGUGAGAAUUUGGGCUUCAAUCAAAACAGGACUUGUUAUGACCUCUACUAGCCACCAAGAAAUUCAACAGCGCUGAUGUGCCUCGGUGGGACUAAAGGCGAGGACGCUCUCAAUACACUAGAAAGUUCUAUGAGAGUUCAACAUUGUCAUUUGCUUUUUGAGCGAGAAUGUGAUGUGAGGAAUGUGGUGUCGGCGUCCGGGGUAGGCUAGUACUGACGUCGCUGAUGUACUGAUGGAGCUGUUCAAAUGUCAAUCAGUGCACAUUUGAAAGAGACAAAUAGCAUUCGGAAUACAAUUGAUGUGAUGCGUAUGAUGUUAGAGUUCAAUAUAUAACAUGAACACAAGGGACCCCCUAUUAUUGAGAAAUGAGUAAAAUAAUAACAAUUGUUUAGUCUAACUGAUUCAUUUGAAAUGAUUCAAAAUUCAGUUUGCAUGUUUAUAUCUACCUGAAAAUCACACAAUGUUCAAGGUGCAAGCAAAACUGCUAUUCGCACGAAUUGAGUUGUUACCAAUAACACAGUUUAAUGUUCUCAUAUUAUUUUCUUAUCAAUAAAUACUAAUGAAACUGCA